AUGAUCAGAACCCGUUCUACUGCACUGUCUGAAAAACUAUCUGAAUUUGACCCAGACAUCGAAAGAACUUUGCAGAAAAUUCGGAAAGAGAGGCGACUGCUAGUACAGAGGGAAAACGCACAAACCCACAUGGAAGGAAUGGCAAACAACGAAGAUCAACCAAGGACCAUGUCCGAUUAUGCUCGUCCAUCAUUAACUGGGACAAAAUCUAGCAUUGUUCGUCCGGAUGUGCAGGGAAAUUUUGAAAUAAAACCCAAUGUUAUUCAGAUGGUUCAACAGUUUGUUCAAUUUGAUGGGUUGCAAGAUGAAGACCCAAACGCUCACAUCGCUAAUUUUUUGGAGAUCUGUGAUACUUUCAAGAUUAAUGGAGCUACUGAUGAUGCAAUUCGCUUGAGGCUAUUCCCAUUUUCUCUCAGAAGCAGAGCAAAGCAAUGGUUGAACUCUCUCCCGCGAGGAUCUAUCACUUCAUGGGAGGCUAUGGCAGAAAAAUUCUUGGCAAAAUAUUUUCCUCCCGCUAAAAUUGCUAAGAUGAGGAAUGAUAUCUCUUCCUUCUACGAGUUAGAGACAGAGACGUUAUACGAUACGUGGGAGAGGUUCAAGGAAUUGUUGCGGAAAUGCCCACAUCAUGGGAUUCUGGAUUGGCUUCAAGUGCAAACCUUCUACAAUGGAUUAAACCCAGGCACAAGACAAAUAAUAGAUGCUGCAGCUAGGGGCACUUUGAAUAGUAAGACACCAAGGGCUGCACAAGAACUGUUUGAAGAAAUGGCAAUGAACAGCUAUCAAUGGAGCUCCACUCGAUCCAAGCCUAUAAAAUCUGCAGGGAUCUAUAGUCUUGGUGCAGUAACAUCCUUGGCAAUGCAAGUUGAAGCCUUAGGGAAGAAGAUUGAUGGUUUAUCUGUUAACCAUCCAGCUGCUCCAGUGAUGAGAUGUGAUGUUUGUGGAGGAGGCCACCCUAAUCAUGAAUGUCGAGCUACUCAGGAAGAACAUGCCAAUGUGAUAGGAAACAGACCACCGUACCAAAAUUACAAUGGCAUGAAUAAUUUAGGCUGGAGGAACUAUGCAAACCCACCGUGGAACAACAACCAACAGCCAAUGCGAAACAACACACCCUCAGGGUUUCAACAAGCUCCACAUCAACCACCACCCCCAACAGAAAAGAAGUCAAACCUUGAGGAGCUGAUGACCAAAUUCAUUCAAACAUCAGAAUCUCGGUUUCAAUCCACCGAGACAGCAUUAAGAAAUCAACAAGUAUCAAUCCAUAAUCUGGAAAAUCAGUUGGGUCAAAUCUCUAGACUCCUCUCAGAAAGACCCCAAGGGAGCCUACCUAGCAAUACUGAAACAAAUCCUAAGGAGCAGGUGAAGGCAGUAACAUUAAGGAGUGGCAGAACAUUACACGAAGGGGAAGCAAGAAACAGAAAAAGAUGCAGUUGA